AUCCACCAAAUAAGCUUGAUAUUAAAAAAAACUGUCCUAUAAAACAUAAUUGCAAAUAUCAUAGCAUAUUAUAGUUACAAUUUUAACAUGAGUGUGAUACAUAGAAAACUGACUUCUCAAAUAAUAUUUUAGAGAUAUUAAAUUUUUUAUCAAUAUAUUUUACCGAUAAGCUUUAUUUUUGAUCAAUAUAUUUUAUAAAAAGAAAAAAUUAACAUAAACCAAUAACCUUAAUAAACUAAAAACUAUUAUAGUUCUAACAAUUAAGAUUUUCUUAUUUCUUGUUUUGCAUAAAAGAAAUAAAGGCAAUGUACAAAAGUAAGCCUUUAAAGAAAAUUAUGUAGAUUAUUUUAGAAAAAGCCUUUAAAUCUAAAAUGUAACCGAAAUUUGGUAUUUCGAUAAAUCUAAAGGCAAUGUACAAAAGUAAGCCUUUAAAUCUAAAAUGUAACCGAAAUUUUACUAGGCGUAACAUUAUUAUCAAACUGAUCCCCCUUAUUAAGUUUGUUAUAUUAGAAUUGCAGCAUUGUUGUUGGAAGGAGGUAGAACCGCACAUUCCAGAUUUGGUAUUCCGAUAGAUGCAGACGAAUUCAGCACUUGCAAGAAAAUGGAGCGAGGAUCAGAUCGUGCAGAAUUAGUUAAAGCGGCAAAGUUAAUUGUAUGGAAUGAGGCGCCUAUGAUGAGCAGACACUGUUUCGAGACGUUGGAUCGCACUAUGCGUGAUAUUAUAAGAUCUUGUGAAGAUAAACCUUUUGGGGGUAAAGUUGUUGUUUUCGGUGGAGAUUUCAGACAAAUUUUACCAGUUAUACCUGGAGGUGGUAGAGCAGAGACUGUUUUGGCGGCUCUGAAUUCGUCAUAUCUUUGGGAGCACUGCAAAGUUCUAAAGCUAACAAAAAAACAUGAGAUUGCUGGCUGGUCUUACUGAUGAUGCAGCAAAAGAGCUUGAAUCCUUCUCAAACUGGAUUUUGGAUAUAGGAGAUGGAAAAAUAAAUUUGCCUAACGACGGUCAAGUUGAGAUUGACAUCCCUUCUGAUUUGCUGAUACAAAAUAGUGGAGAAGACCCUAUCGAGACUAUGGAAAAAGAGGUUUAUGGACAAGCUUUUCAAACUUCAACAAAUAAGGAUUUGUAUAGACAUCGAGCCAUUCUUACUCCCACAAAUGAUGAAGUGGAUAAAAUAAAUGACUACAUGCUUUCGCAGUUGCCAGGUAACAUGUUUUAUCAUUUAUUCUUAUGUUCAACUAACUUUGUACAUAUCACUAAACAAACGGAUUUACAUAUGCUUUCAGGAGAAGAGAAGGUUUACCUUAGCUCUGACAGUAUUAUCCCAUCCGAUGUUGACAUAGAAGAAAAUGUCGUAUAUCGUGCAGAGUUUUUGAACAGUGUUAAAGUGGCUGGACUGCCUAGACAUUGCUUGAAGCUCAAGGUUGGUACUCCUAUCAUGUGUCUUCGUAACAUGGAUGUUGCAGAUGGUUUAUGUAAUGGUACUAGGCUAAUUGUUACUCAGUUACUGCCCCAUGUGAUAGAAGGUAGAAUUAUAACCGGAAACAAAAUUGCUGGACAUCCGGUUUGGAUCCCUAGAAUGUUUAUCACACCACCUGACACCAAGUUCCCCUUCAGAAUGCGUCGAAGACAGUUUCCAGUUACUUUGGCUUUCGCGAUGACCAUCAACAAAAGUCAAGGUCAAACACUGGAAAGUGUUGGGUUGUUUCUGCCUAGGCCAGUGUUCUCUCAUGGUCAGCUCUACGUUGCACUUUCAAGAGUUAAGUCAAGAUCUGGAUUGAAAAUCCUAAUAACUGGUAAAGAAGGGAAAACGCAGACAAAAACGUUGAAUGUUGUCUACAAACAAGUUUUUCAGAAUAUUCCAUAGUCACGGUAUGUAAUUUUAAUCUACUUUCUUUUCAAAUACAAAAUUUUAAGUAUAUAGUCUGUUACAAUUAUUUACUUUUUGUAUUUUCCAGAUGGGUAGUGAUGGGUUAGGAACUGAUUGUAUUCAGGAGCAUCCCGUUUUCUGACUAUUUCGAUGAAAGUAUGUCAACUUUAAUAUUAUUUCAUUUUAACUUUUAUUUUCUUACUUAUAAAUCUGUAAAAUAAUGUUCAUCCGACAAAUUACUUACAAUAUUUAUUUAAUUUUUUGCAGGUUUCUAAAUUAUUUUGCAUUAUUUUUCGACAAUUGUACUUCAUAAUUUAUAUUUUUAUGGAUAAUUUUUCGAUUUUUUUUUUAAUAUAUUUUCUUUUACUAUGUCUACACAAAAGUUUAUUUUAUUAUUAAUGGAAACAAAAUAUUUUAUUCUCUAUCAUAGAUUUUAACGACAGAUAUACAAUACAUUUCUAAUUAAUGAUAAUAUAAAAUCUGAAUUUUCUAAAACUAUGCAAUAUUUAUUCCAUAUUUUGAAUGAAAGUUUCUUCGUAAACAUACAAAGAAAAUAUGGACGUUGCAAUUAUACGUACACGGUACACACAAUACCUGCCUCUUCAUACUGAAGUUACUUUGUUCCCUCUCGUCCAUCUCAAAUUGGUGUGCAAUCUUUUUUCCACGCCUGAUGAAUUCUCCCAAAGACGGUUGUUGACAUAGUAUAAAAUCCGUUACUUAUAAAAUCAUAUAAGAUUUAGUCCAUAUUUUGAAUUUUCUUAUGCCCGUACAGGGUGCGGGCCGGUCACCUAGUUGUACUAUAAAUGAAACCAAAAAAUUGUGAUUCAAUUUGGAUGACUAGAUAACUCAAUACUAUAUCCAAAAUGUAACUAGCGGAGCCAAUCUAAAUUUUUAUAAUCAAAAUUAAUUAAAGGUCUAACAAUAUGUUAUUAUCUCUAAUAUUAU